GCUCCGGUCGGCUUCUGGGAUCCCGCGGGGCUCAGCAGCGACGGCGACGUGGCCACCUUCAAUCGCCGCAGGGCCACGGAGCUGAAGCACGGUCGCGUCUCGAUGCUCGCCACCAUGGGCUACAUCGCCCCGGAGUUCGUCAGGUGGCCCGGCUACCUGUCCCCCUCCGCCGGCCUCAAGUUCCAGGACGUGCCCACCGGCCUCGCGGCGCUCUCGAAGGUCCCCCUGAACGGCUGGCUCCAGGUCGUGCUCUUCGCCGGCACCCGCGAGUUCAACACCUACAACAGCACCGCGGCUCCGGGGGACCUGGGCUGGAAGGCCAUCACCUCCACCGACCCCGAGGUGAAGAAGAGGAAGCUGAACGCCGAGCUGGCCAACGGUCGACUGGCGAUGAUGGCGAUCAUGGGCAUGCUUUUUCAAGACGGCCUCACGGGCUCCGCCUGGGGCGACUGGGCGCUCUACACCGACUCCCCGCUGCGGUGA